GCAACAACAACAAGUUCCAAGCGAUUUCCCGAGCCGCGACUCGUUCUUGCGCUGCGGUCGCAUCGAGCUUCGCUCCGCGACCAGCGCCGUCAUGGAGAGGACCGCGUCGAUUCGCGUCACAGGACGCACCUCGUAGCCGGCACGCAAGACGACCGUGGCCUCAAUAAACGGUGUCAAGGACGGCGUGCACGACGCCUGAACUAUAAUAGAAGAGGCCACGGGCCGCGCCGACCCCGCCAUGCCCGACAGCGGCGACCAGCAGCUCCUGCUCAUCGACACCGACGCUGGCGUCGACGAUGCGCUCGCCAUCUUGUUGGCCCUCGCCAGCCCGUGCAAAAUCUUGGCCAUCACCUGCGUGUCCGGCAAUGUGCAAAUGUCCAACGUCUACACCAACGUCCUGCGGAUACUCAACCACUGCGGCAGGCUCGAGGUGCCGGUGUACCAGGGCUGCCGGCGGCCCCUGGUGACGAGCCCCAUUAAUGCGGUCAGCAUCCACGGCCGGGACGGCCUGGGCGGUGCUGCCGAACGGUACCCGCUGCCCGCCGACGGCGCCUUCGAACGUCGCAGCGAGCACGCGUCGCAGGCGCUCGUGUCGCUGGCGCACAAGCACGUCGGCGCCGCCACGCUCGUGGCACUCGGCCCGCUCACAAACCUGGCCGUGGCCAGCCGACUGGACCCCGACUUCUUCGCGAACCUCAAGCAGAUCGUCGUCAUGGGCGGCACCUGCGACGGCAUCGGAAAUGUGACUGCGUCCGGCGAGUUCAACUUCGUGUGCGACCCUGAAGCCACCAGGGUGGUGCUGAGCGAAGCAAGCGAGAAGGUUCGGCUCGUCCCCUACGAAACCUGCAUCAGGCACACUCUCGACUGGGACUGGUACACCGACUGGGUUAGCAUGGACACGCACAAGAGCCGCAUGGUGCGCGACAUCUCCGAGGGCAUCAUGCUGCGCAUGCGCGACUUGCUCAGGCUGCCGGGCUUCUACUCGUGCGACCUGCUCGCCAUGGCGACCGUGGUGAACCCUGCCGUGGUGCUCAGAACCGAGACGUACCCGGCCUGGCUCGAACUGCACGGCACCAGCACACGCGGUGCGCUCAUCGUGGACAAGCGGCCCGGCCUGAAGGGCACCAAGCCCAACAUCCGCUUCGUGCUGCAGCUGGACACGGCCACGCUCAAGGAGAUGUACACGCGGAUGGUGCGCUGAUCUGACGCUUCGGACUGGGUGGUAGGAGACUCCCCUCGGUCGGCUAUGGCCGCUUCGAGUGGGAGCGCGCCAGGACGUUCUCAGGGAAGAGAGCUCGCCUUGGCCGAGACUCUCGGUACGAAAUAAAAAGGAAAGAAUGCUGG